CGAGCCUCGAAGUCCGCCGGCCAAUCGAAGGUAGGCCCCAGGGGCGCGUGCGCGCCGCGGCCAGCGCGCGCGGGCGGGGGGCAGGCGCGCCCGGGACCCAGGAUUUAUAAAGGCGAGGCCGGGACCAGCGCGCGUUCUCGUUGCCCCCGCUGUCCCGGCGGCGCCAACCGAAGCGCCCCGCCUGCUCCGCGUCCGGCAUGCUGCGCCGUGCUCUGCUGUGCCUGGCCGUGGCCGCCCUGGUGUGCGCCGACGCCCCCGAGGAGGAGGACCACGUCCUGGUGCUGCGGAAAAGCAACUUCGCGGAGGCGCUGGCGGCCCACAAGUACCUGCUGGUGGAGUUCUAUGCCCCUUGGUGUGGCCACUGCAAGGCCCUGGCCCCUGAGUAUGCCAAAGCCGCUGGGAAGCUGAAGGCAGAAGGUUCCGAGAUCAGGUUGGCCAAGGUGGACGCCACGGAGGAGUCUGACCUGGCCCAGCAGUACGGCGUGCGCGGCUAUCCCACCAUCAAGUUCUUCAAGAAUGGAGAUACGGCUUCCCCAAAGGAAUAUACAGCUGGCAGAGAGGCCGAUGACAUCGUGAACUGGCUGAAGAAGCGCACGGGCCCGGCUGCCACCACCCUGCCUGACGGCGCAGCUGCAGAGUCCUUGGUGGAGUCCAGUGAGGUGGCUGUCAUCGGCUUCUUCAAGGACAUGGAGUCGGACUCUGCCAAGCAGUUCUUGCAGGCAGCAGAGGCCAUCGAUGACAUACCAUUUGGGAUCACUUCCAACAGUGACGUGUUCUCGAAAUACCAGCUCGACAAAGAUGGGGUUGUCCUCUUUAAGAAGUUUGAUGAAGGCCGGAACAACUUUGAAGGGGAGGUCACCAAGGAGAACCUGCUGGACUUUAUCAAACACAACCAGCUGCCCCUUGUCAUCGAGUUCACCGAGCAGACAGCCCCGAAGAUUUUUGGAGGUGAAAUCAAGACUCACAUCCUGCUGUUCUUGCCGAAGAGUGUGUCUGACUAUGACGGCAAACUGAGCAACUUCAAAACAGCAGCCGAGAGCUUCAAGGGCAAGAUCCUGUUCAUCUUCAUCGACAGCGACCACACCGACAACCAGCGCAUUCUCGAGUUCUUUGGCCUGAAGAAGGAAGAGUGCCCGGCCGUGCGCCUCAUCACCCUGGAGGAGGAGAUGACCAAGUACAAGCCCGAAUCGGAUGAGCUGACAGCAGAGAGGAUCACAGAGUUCUGUCACCGCUUCUUGGAGGGCAAAAUCAAGCCCCACCUGAUGAGCCAGGAGCUGCCAGAGGACUGGGACAAGCAGCCUGUCAAGGUGCUUGUUGGGAAGAACUUUGAAGACGUGGCUUUUGAUGAGAAAAAGAACGUCUUCGUGGAGUUCUAUGCCCCGUGGUGUGGUCACUGCAAACAGUUGGCUCCCAUUUGGGAUAAACUGGGAGAGACGUACAAGGACCAUGAGAACAUCAUCAUCGCCAAGAUGGACUCGACUGCCAACGAGGUGGAGGCUGUCAAAGUGCACAGCUUCCCCACACUCAAGUUCUUUCCUGCCAGUGCCGACAGGACGGUGCGCCUUCCCUCCAGACGGGGCUGGGGCGGGCUCUGGGAAGAGCAGUGGUCCCCACGCCAGCCUGGGUGCCUGUCUGGAAGGAGCCUGGGGCUAGUUGGGUGGAAGAAGAGCUGUGGGAGCUCCUUCAGAAGCACCCACCUUUUUAUGUUUUUCGAGAGAGAUGGGAUCUCACUAUAUUGCCUAGGCUGUUUUUGAACUCCCAAAGUGCUGGAUUUCAGGUGUGAGCCACCGGACCGGACCUGCUCUGCCUUUCUCUAGAGAGGAGGAGCCAAUGCCGGGAGAUUGGCUGUGGGCCGAGACCAGCCCCUGCACUCAUCCCUGUCUUCCACAGGUCAUCGAUUACAACGGGGAACGCACGCUGGAUGGUUUUAAGAAGUUCCUGGAGAGCGGUGGCCAGGAUGGGGCAGGGGAUGAUGACGUGAGUGGGGUCGCAGCCCUGGGCUGGUCUCUGGGAUUCAGCCCCUUGACCCCAUUGGACAUGCCCACUUGGGCUUGGCUUGUGAUGGGAAUGGUGCUGUUGGAGGCACGUCUGCGUCCAGGGCUCUGGGGCCCCACAUCUUUGCCCAGCACGGCAAGGGAUGUGCUCCCAGUGCUCUGCUGAAACAGCUCUCCCUGGCCAGCACUUCUUUAGGGGGCGAGGUUGAAGGCAUCUUUAAAAACCAGAUUUUGCUUAGAAAAUCUUUUCAGACACAUGGCACUGGUUCCUCACAUGCCGCUAACUUGGACUCAAAUCUCCAUCCCCAGCCCACUGGCGGGGCCCGGGCACAAGGGAGCAGACAUGGGUCUGCCCUUGGGAGCUUAGUCCUGCCCAUCAAUGCGUGGCCAGCAGCAGUGGUGACUGCCGGGGAAGCAGGAAGGCUGGUGUUGGGAGCAUGCGGCAGGGGCGGGGUGCUUGACCAUGGUGAGGGAGAUGAGGGCAGGGUCAGCCCAGGCUGGCAGGGCCUGCUGGGAGUGCUGGUGCACAGUGGGAGGUGGAAACACUCUGCCCAGGCUGGGGAUGCGGGGCCAGCCCCUGGUGCUGCCUAUGGCCUGUCACUGGGCUGUUGUCCCUGCUGAGAUGUGGACCCUUUGUAGACUCCAUGGUGCCAAGCUGGGAGGCACACAUACGCCUGCCAUGCCCAGUGGAAGGGUCCAAGGCUGAGCUGGGGUUCCCAGGGUUCCUGAUUCAUCCUGCUAUAGGCAGAAAUCCCCCCGGCGUCACUCUUCCUGGGAAGACCCCUGUGUAUCUCGUAAAGAUCAGGGUUGGCUGCUCCAGUGGCCGGUGGCCAUGUCCACCGUGGCCAGCUAGUUCCCGGUGUGAGCAGCGUGGGGUGCUGGGGGCCGGCAGCCUCAGCUGUUGCAGCUAAACUGCCCCCCCCACACCCCCACCCCUUUUCCUGUAUCCCAGGAUCUCGAAGACCUGGAAGAAGCAGAGGAGCCAGACAUGGAGGAAGAUGAUGAUCAGAAAGCUGUGAAAGAUGAACUGUAAUACGGAAAGCCAGACCCGGGCGCUGCCGAGACCCCUCGGGGGCUGCACACCCAGCAGCAGCGCACGCUCCCGAAGCCUGUGGCCCUCGCUUGAAGGAGGGCAUCGCCGGAAACCCAGGGAACCUUUCUGAAGUGACACCUCACCCCCACACACCGUCCAUUCACCCCCGUCUCUUCCUUCUGCUUUUCGGUUUUUGGAAAGGGAUCCAUCUCCAGGCAGCCCACCCUGGUGGGGCUUGUUUCUUGAAACCAUGAUGUACUUUUUCAUACAUGGGUCUGUCCAGAGUGCUUGCUAGAGUGUUCGGAGUCUCGCUGCCUCCCUCCUGCGGGAGGUUUCUGCUCUUUUUGAAAAUUCCAUUUGUGGGAUUUUUAGACGUUUUUCGACAUCAGGGUAUUUGUUCCACCUUGGCCAGGCCUCCUCGGAGAAGCUUGUCCCCCGUGUGGGAGGGACGGAGCCAGACUGGACACGGUCACUCAGCACCAUGUGCAGUGUUGCCAUGACUGAUCAUGGCUCUUGCAUUUUUUGGGUAAAUGGAGACUUCCAGAUCCUGUCAGGGUGUCCCCCAUGCCUGGAAGAGGGGCUGGUGGCUGCCAGCCCUGGGGCCCAGCACAGGCCUGGGCCUUCCCCUUCCCUCAAGCCAGGGCUCCUCAUCCUGUCGUGGGCUCAUUGUUUGUGACCACUGGCCUCUCUACAGCGCGGCCCAUGGCCCGUGGCCUGUUCGAGGCAGAACCAGGACCCUUGACUCCCGUGUGGGGAGGUGGCCAAGGAUGCUGGAGCUGAUUCAGACGUUGACAGUUCUUCAGGCAUUUCUAUUUCACAAUCGAAUUGAACACAUUGGCCAAAUAAAGUUGAAAUUUUACCACC